AGCACGGCGGGAGCUCCGAAGAGGAGGCGGCAGGAACGGCUCCGGGAUGUCGGUUAAGAGAGCAUUAAAUUUGGACAUGGUUAGAAAAGAUGAUGCACCUGAUGCAACCCCCCAGAAGGCCAAAAGGAACAAUCUGGGCUCCUUCUCCCCCACCACAGGCACACGCCAGAUCAGCCCCUUCUCGUCUCCCACCAGCCACGGGGCAGAAAAUCCCAGGAAUGACCCAGAAGAGGGAGAUGGGAACGAGCAGAAAGAUUCCAAGAGUGGAUUAUCCAGGAGAGGGCAGCCUCAAACAAAGCACGAUGCGUUCCUGCAACUGCAGUCCCAAGUGAGAAAUUCCUUGCCCAGAAUCCUGAAACUAAGAGCAAAUCUGACAAGCCUGAAGGCUUUGGAGGGCAGUAGAGAGCUGGAAAAUAUCCUCGGAGUCUCACAGUCGUCCUGUGUCCUGAGUGCUGAACUGCAGAAAACCCAAGCGCUGGUGAGUCAAGCAGAAAAACUGCAGCUGUUGAAAGCAAGCCAUGGAAAAGUCCCUGCCCGAGGGCACAUGCAGGCUGCUGGGAGUGCUGCAUUCCUGACCUCACUCCUGGAGAGAAGGAAGGAGCCCCUGGGCCUGCUCCCAGCCUUGCCCAGCACCAAGGCACGGCCAGAGUGACCAGAGCAGGGUGCUUCUUGCAUUAUGUGAAAAAUGCAUUCCACAUCAACCCAAACUUCUCCAUCUGCUGGACUGGACUUAAAAGGAGCGAAGAACUCAGUGUAAACCAAUCUCCCCAGCAAAUCCCAGCUGGGGAGCGCUCGCUGUGCCGGGCAGGUGCACGUCCAGAUAACAUUUCUGGCAUCUAUUUCAACUUAACAAUGUGCACAACCAGAUAAUCUCAAUGUAAAUAAUCCACCCUGGGUGCUGCACAGCCCUGUGCCAGUGGGGCUGGUGCUGUGUGGAAAUAAACUGGGGCUUCUGGAGGGAGCUCUGCAGUGCCAGAAAUUAAUUAUUCCGACCCUGGAUGUGUUUUGGUUGUUUGCAAACACUUUCCCUGGUGGUGCUGCCGCAGUUGGGAACAGAUUUGUCAUCCACAUGAGGGCUCCUCUAAAGUCAACCCCAGCCCCAGGAUAAAAAGGCCUCAGCCUCCAACCCAGCAUUAACACACAGGGCUCUGGUACCAUUUGCUUUAGGUCAACAUUGGAGUUUAGUUUUGGCAUUUAAUGCUGUAGGAGCAGACUUGUUUUAUAUAAACCAACUCUUUUUAUAAAACA